AUGGAUUUCAUCUCCCUCAAAAUUGUGCGGCGAAGGAACAAAUCUGGGGCUUGGUUGCUACAGUUCGCCACCAUCGCAAUCACCUCUUUCUCCUUCGAUCUGCAGUUUUCCACUCUAUUAUCUUCUCUUUUUCUUAUGUUGUGGUGAGUUACUUCAAAGGAUUUGGGUGGGGAUUUUUGGGUUUGUUGGGAUGAGGGUUGGUUUAUGGGUGGUGGCUUAAUUGUAGAGGGAUUAAUCAUCCAAGGGUAUUGAAAUGAUUAAGUGAAAACGAAGCUUCAGAAAAUUUGGUUGGUGGUUUCAGUUUCAUGGGGAGAAGAAGAUGUUGGUGGUUUCAUACUGAACGAUGAUGAAGCUUUAGAAUAUUAAGAUAACGAAUAAAAAAACCCUUGGAUGAUUAGUUAAUAUCUGUUUUAUAAUUUAAGAUAUAGUUAAUAUCUAUUUUAUAAUUUAUAUGAAAAACAUAUAUCCACCAAACAUUAUUCUUAGAUCAUUUGGAUCAAACGUGCUUCCUGCGAAGCUCUGCAAUCUGCUUUAUUUCUCCUUGAACACAAUGUUUUGUCCUAGUGCAAUGGGAAUGGGUCGUUGACUUUGGAAGAUUCAAGCUGGAAGAGCGGUAAUUACCGAUGUUCUUCCAAAAAGUAUGAGCAAUGUACAUUAAGCCAAGGAAUGACGGUGCAUGGUGAGCCGUGAGCCGCCACUAUGUUCACCGUGAACCACCACUAACCCUCUAGCCACCCAAAUUUGCCACGUUACUCCGAUUUUUGGGACAACUGAAUCCGACCAUACAUGACUGCAACGAAGAAAUUGGCUUGUACAGUAUCUUGGGUGAGUUACAUUAAUUUGCUCAGUGUGCAAGGAGAAGGAGAAGAGGUAAUUGUUCAAAGAGAGGAAAAAUCAUAUCAUUUUGUUUUAGUCUUCAUUGUUCCAGCUGGUUGCUUAAAAUAUUAAUAUAUAUCCAAUUGUUUGUGUUAAUUAGUCACCAGCAUAGAACCCUUCGCCUUAGCUAGCAUAAAUUGGACUGCAUUUGGUAACAAUGGAAAAUGUAUCAGAAUUUACAAACACAAUGGAUAGGAAUAAGGUGCUACUAGUGAUGUACACUAUCUUAUUCUGCUUCAUGCAAGAUGAUGAUAUCAGUAUCACUAUGGCUCAGAAUCAGAAACAAUUUAUCAGACAUGAUGAGACCCUCGUUUCGCCAGACGGAACCUUCGAAGCGGGAUUCUUCCACUUUGAAAAUCCACAACAUCACUAUUUUGGUGUAUGGUACAAGAGCAUAUCACCUAGGACAAUUGUGUGGGUAGCCAACAGAGAUGCCCCGUUACGAAACUCAACAGCACCAACUUUGAAGGUCACUCAUAAAGGAAGCAUCCUUAUCCGUGAUGGUGCAAAGGGUGUAAUCUGGUCCACCAACACAUCAAGAGCUAAAGAGCAACCUUUCAUGCAGCUUUUAGACUCAGGAAACCUUGUCGCGAAAGAUGGAGACAAGGGGGAGAACGUUAUAUGGGAAAGCUUUAAUUAUCCUGGUGACACUUUCCUUGCAGGAAUGAAGAUUAAGAGCAAUUUAGCAAUUGGGCCUACUAGUUAUCUAACAUCUUGGAGAAACUCAGAAGACCCUGCUAGUGGUGAGUUUUCAUAUCACAUAGAUAUUCGUGGCUUUCCUCAACUAGUUGUUACAAAGGGAGCAGCUAUAACUUUGAGAGCAGGCCCGUGGACUGGCAAUAAGUUUUCCGGAGCUUUUGGGCAAGUACUGCAGAAAAUCUUGACAUUCUUUAUGCAGUUCACUGACCAGGAAAUUUCUUUAGAAUAUGAAACCGUGAACCGUUCAAUUAUAACUAGAGAAGUGAUUACCCCAUUAGGCACUAUACAACGUUUGUUGUGGUCGGUUAGGAAUCAAAGUUGGGAGAUCAUAGCUACUCGCCCGGUGGACCAGUGUGCAGACUAUGUCUUUUGUGGUGCUAAUUCCCUAUGUGAUACUUCUAAGAAUCCCAUAUGUGAUUGCUUGGAAGGUUUCAUGCCUCAAUUUCAAGCAAAAUGGAAUUCAUUAGAUUGGGCUGGUGGGUGUGUUUCAAUGGAAAAAUUAAGUUGUCAGAAUGGAGAUGGCUUUAUGAAGCACACAGGAGUGAAGUUGCCAGACACAUCUUCUUCUUGGUUUGGCAAGAACAUGAGCCUUGAUGAGUGUAGGACGUUAUGUUUGCAAAACUGCUCUUGCACAGCAUACGCAGGUUUAGAUAAUGAUGUUGAUAGGAGUGUCUGCUUGAUUUGGUUUGGUGACAUUCUGGACAUGAGUAAACACCCUGACCCUGACCAAGGACAGGAGAUCUACAUAAGGGUGGUUGCUUCAAAGUUAGAUCGUACAAGGAAUAAGAAGAGCAUCAAUACCAAGAAGCUUGCAGGGAGUCUGGUAGUAAUCAUUGCAUUCGUUAUAUUUAUAACAAUCCUUGGGUUGGCCAUAUCCACAUGUAUACAGAGGAAGAAGAAUAAGAGAGGGGACGAAGGAAUUAUAAAUCACUGGAAGGACAAGAGAGGGGACGAAGACAUUGAUUUGGCAACAAUAUUUGAUUUUUCAACCAUCUCUAGUGCCACAAAUCAUUUUUCUCUAAGUAAUAAAUUAGGUGAAGGUGGCUUUGGACCGGUCUACAAGGGCUUAUUAGCAAAUGGGCAGGAGAUUGCUGUCAAGAGGCUUUCUAACACUUCAGGACAAGGAAUGGAGGAGUUCAAAAAUGAAAUCAAGUUGAUAGCAAGACUUCAGCACCGCAAUCUUGUAAAACUUUUUGGUUGCUCUGUUCAUCAAGAUGAAAAGUUGUUGAUCUAUGAAUUCAUGCACAACAGAAGCUUGAAUUACUUUAUUUUUGAUUCGACACGAAGUAAACUAGUAGAUUGGAAUAAGCGCCUCCAAAUCAUUGAUGGGAUUGCUCGAGGGCUUCUUUAUCUUCAUCAAGACUCAAGAUUAAGAAUCAUCCACAGAGAUCUGAAAACUAGUAACAUUCUUCUUGAUGAUGAAAUGAACCCAAAGAUAUCAGAUUUUGGUUUGGCUAGAAUUUUUAUAGGAGAUCAAGUUGAGGCUAGAACAAAGAGAGUGAUGGGAACAUAUGGCUAUAUGCCUCCUGAGUAUGCGGUACAUGGAUCUUUUUCAAUAAAAUCUGAUGUUUUUAGCUUUGGCGUAAUCGUACUUGAGAUAAUUAGUGGGAAGAAGAUUGGGAGAUUUUAUGAUCCUCACCAUCAUCUUAAUCUUCUUAGUCAUGCAUGGAGACUAUGGAUUGAAGAAAGACCACUAGAGCUUGUAGACGAGUUAUUAGAUGAUCCAGUCAUCCCAACCGAAAUAUUACGUUAUAUUCAUGUAGCUCUAUUGUGUGUACAACGGAGACCGGAAAAUAGACCUGACAUGUUAUCUAUAGUUUUAAUGUUGAAUGGCGAGAAAGAACUCCCUAAGCCAAGGCUGCCUGCAUUCUACACAGGAAAGCAUGAUCCAAUUUGGUUGGGAUCUCCUUCAAGGUGUUCAACUUCUAUUACCAUCUCAUUAUUAGAGGCUAGAUAGAAAACCACUAUCAUGUUGCUAUAUUGAUAUAUUUGACCAAAUUAUCUCACACUCAGAAGCUAGUUACACUAACAUCUCUCUAGAAUUGAUUUUAACUUCAAAUCAAUAAUAGAAGAAUUUCCAAACAUCCACUAGGCAGGUAAUAUGUUUCGAAUCACCUGUUCAUCCUUCACUGGUGACUGUCUAAUUCUAAACUUUUGAUUUUUCUCGCGGAGAAACAUUGUUUUUCCUUCUAUCCUCAUGUACAAUAUAUAGAGGCUAAAGUGUAGCAUGUAUUUUUUAAGUUGAAAAUUUUGCAGUGCAACCGCUGAUAAA